CAGUGGUGAAUAAUGCCUGAAAUAAUUCAAUAAACGCAAAAAUACCCCUAAAAUACCCCCAAAAUACGAAAAAGUAAUAAAUACACAGUACUGAUCAAGUUUGAAACAGACAAUAAGUCUUAUAAGUAGAGCCCGGAAUUUUGUAUCGUACCGUAUAAUACUACCGUAUAAUACCGAUACAGAUAAAUGCCGAUGAAUUUCAAAAUUAUAAUUCCAUAUAAUCUGUAUUACCGAUACGGAAUACCGAUAGAUACCGGUUUCACAAAAUCUAUACAGUACUCACAACAAUAAAUUUUUUAUUUCUGCGUUUUUAUGUUUUGCCUUUGUUUAGAUUUUUGGCCAUGCGUUUUGCGUUUUUUUGAAAUUAUUCCUUACGCCCUUCCCUGUUCAGUUUGACCGGUUAGCCAAUCUUUUUUGCUUUUCAAAAGCUUUUUGUAUAAUUAUUGAACUUCGUUUUUACACUUAGUAUAGUAUUAUGAAGCGUUAUCGAAACUUCUUUACUUCUUUUCGUGGUCGAUUUCUGCUGCCUUUAAUUUUAAUAAAUAUAUUUAUUUUUAUCACUUUUUUCUAUUCAUUUUUCUCUUCACGCCCACAACAACUAGUUGAACGUCAAAAUAUUGAACUCUCCUCACAACCAGCUCGUCUAAAAGAACCAAUUUCUAAACCAUUAAUUCUUAUGUGGACUAAUAUCUUUCGUCUACAAACAAUGCAACUGGACUCGGAUUGCCCUCUAGCUUCACUUUGUGAAUUAACUUAUAAUCGUUCCUUUCUUCCAAAGUCUUCAGCUGUCGUUUUCCAUAUUCCUGACAUUAGUUGGAAUUACUCACGGGGUAUACCUACAGUGCCUGAUCUGCCAAAUCAAUCCGCAAGCGAACAAAGAGUAAAUGUUUUUCUAUCCCACGAAAAUCCAACAAUACUCAGAACGAUGUAUAUGUCUGGAGCUUUAUCUAGACAUGUUCACAAUUUUUUCCAUUGGGCCAUGACCUAUCUGCGCGCUUCUCAUGUUUCAAUGCCUUAUGGUGGUUUUUGGCUUCCUCCGGCGGAGACUGCAAGACUGGGAAUUAACCCAAUACAAUUACCAUCUGAUCAAAAUACCAUUCUACACAAUAAAACACAACGUGGAAUCCUCUGGUUGGUCUCUAAUUGUAAUUCAAACUCAAAAAGGGAAGUUGCCGUCGAAGCACUAUCAAAAUAUAUUAGUAUAAAAAUUGGUGGAAAAUGUGGAAAAACACCUGAGGAUCGGAAUUUUUGUCCUAGGAACAGAGAUUGUAGUUAUUUAUAUAAAAAUUAUUAUUUCUACAUUGCUAUGGAAAAUGAUAUUUGCAACAAUUAUGUUACUGAGAAAUUCUGGGAAAGAUACACUUUUCCUUCUGUGCCAAUUGUUUUGAAAGCUUCGACCUAUCAAGGUUUUAUUCCGGACAAUUCUUUCAUCGCAUUGGAUCAAUUUAAAACCCCGAAGCAAAUGGCUGAACAUUUAAAUUGGCUAAUGGAUAACCCUAUUCAGUAUCUGAAAUAUUUUGAAUGGCGUUCCAAGGGUUGGUCAAUUGCUUGGAAUCAUGAAGGAUUUAGAAUUGGGCCGUGUGCUCUCUGUGAACGGUUGCUACGACUUUCAAAUGGAAGCGAACCUUUUCCAAGCCCAAUUCCAAAUGCUGUAAAAUGGUUUGAAGAGAAUUCUAAUUGUGAAGGUGGAGAUUUUGCGGUGCAAUGGAGUCAACAAAAAUAG